UAGACGUAGAAGAGUCCAGGGGAGCGGCGCGUGGAGCGACCUCUGUUCCUCGCGCCGCAGCUGGAAGGGCUAUUGGACGGCCAUGGACCCCAGAGGGAUGCUGCACGUGGAGCCCAUCAGCUUCGGCAUCGACCAGAUCCUCAGCAGCGUGGAGCAGAGCUGCAUGCUGGGUGCGAGGAUGCCCGAGCCGGACUACGGACACGGGGCCUAUUCGUGUGGCCCAAACAGCGGGGGGGGCGGCGGCGGCUACACGUACGGCAACGGCGGAUACAAUGGCACCGGUGGCUCGUGCGGGAUGGCCUCCUUUGGCGGAGCUUAUCACAUGAACGUGGGCGUGAAUGCGAACGCGACUAACGUGAGCUCCGCCGGUGUCAUCCGCGUCCCCGCGCACCGGCCGCUGAGCUGCGGGAACUCCUCCGGGUCGCCAAUGAACGGGAACAUCAACAAUUUGACGUCACUGACGUUCCCCUGGAUGGAGAGCAACCGGCGCUACACCAAAGACCGGUUCACAGUGUCCCUCUCCCCCCUCACUGUGACGCGUCGCGUGGGUCACCCCUACCAGAACCGGACGCCGCCGAAGAAGAAGAAGCCCCGGACGUCCUUCACACGGCUGCAGAUCUGCGAACUAGAGAAGCGCUUCCACCGGCAGAAGUACCUGGCUUCGGCGGAGCGAGCCACUCUCGCUAAAGCGCUGAAGAUGACCGACGCCCAGGUCAAAACCUGGUUCCAGAACAGACGCACAAAGUGGAGGAGACAGACGGCGGAGGAGCGUGAGGCCGAGCGGCAGCAGGCCAACCGGAUCCUCAUGCAGCUACAGCAGGAAGCCUUCCAGAAGACCAUCAACCAGCCGCUGACCCCGGACCCGCUGUGCCUGCAGAACAGUUCGCUGUUUGCCCUGCAGAACCUGCAGCCGUGGAGCGAGAACACGGGCAAGAUCAGCAGCGUGUCGGCCUGCGAGUAGAGCAUGCCAACCACCCCCUGUGGAGGACAGACCCCAUCCGGGUUAUCAAGUCAACGUUGGGCUCUUUUCACAUGGCCGCUGGUGCUGCAGCUAACAACAGCUUCAUCGGCACCACCCAUCUAGUGGGAGUCCACUGUCUGAUCUGGAUCCCUCCCAAAGGUCUUCACAGGGACAUUCUCGGGACACAAACAAUUUGCUCCAUGCAGGAGCAAAAAAACAAGAAGUCCCUGAAGAGGACAAGGACGGAUGUGCAUCAAUGAGUUGUGUUCCAUAGUUUAGCUUUAAGGGACUUGUGUUUCAUAAACAGCAUAUUUUCAUAUUGUGUGUACAUCAGCGUCUGUCUGUGUUUAUCUGCCAUGUAAAUGGACCUUUUUUUACUCAACUGUAAAAUAACAGAGCACUUGUUUUUAGCACCUUUGUAUAUGAAUUCAAUAUACGAACUCCAUGAAGCUAAUUCACAGCAAUGGACCAGGAUAGAACUUGAAUUUGACUCUUUUUUUCAUAAUUUAGGAAGAGAUUCAUGAUUCAUUGUAAAAGCACAUUCGACCACAAUCAAAUAGCUUAGAUUUCACAUUCCUAUUGGGCUGUAAUUUUUUUUACAGACUGUAUUUUCUUAUGUUGUGUGGAAGCAGAUCUCAGACCUGUGAGCUGAGACCAAACACAAACAAACACCAGUCUUGUGUGUGAGUUCAUGCUUCAAACUAUGCUAUUCAUACUGACCACAAUAAUAUAUAUUUUUGACACUGAAAUUAAUUUAGCUUCACCCUAAAUUCAAAGUCUAUCCAACAUUUUCAACCUUAUGUUACCUUGGUUUCGUAAGAAAAAAAUUAUUUCCAAGCCACAUAUAGAUUUAGUCCCUCUUUAUUAACUUCAGGGCAUAUAAAUUGUCCCUUGUUCCCACCUUCAAGUUUUGACUCACUGAUGCUUUGCUCUUUUUUUGAUCAUCCAGCACAAAACACAACUAUGAACGUGACACAUUAUGCAUAAAAUAAUGAGCAACACGUGUCCCGUGUUUGAAGUUACACGUCAUAUUUGGAGAACAAUAGAAUAAAACAGCCAUUAUUCAGAACAACCGGGACGCAAAACUAAUUUGAUAAGCAGAACAAACACAUUUUACUUUAAUUGGAGACGUGGGAAUAUGCAAGCGUUAAAUACAAAAUUAAGGGCUGGAACAACUAUGCAAAUAAUCCUUAAAAAUAUGCUUAAAGGAACAGUGAACAUUUAAAACUUAUUGGGAGAGAUGUAAUAUAACAAGUAUGUUUGCAAAUAAGACCUUACAUUAGAAUUAGCCCUUUAUAGUUACAUUACAUUACACUUAUUUAUUAUUUCAUUUUUCAUAUCCUUAACCCUAAUUGAUUUCGUUGCCUAAAACUAAGCUGGCAGUGUCUCACAACAUUAACCACUUGCACAUUAACUUAAAUCCCCCCCCAAACCCAUGAUGAAGGGGCUUCGGAAACACAUGACAAGCUGAGGAGAAGAAAACAAUGUCAAAUAAAUCGAACAUGAAUUCAAGGUCCAAUUGUUUAAAUAAAGGGUAAA